UUGACAUUAUUAUUGACAAUAAAAAUUGAAAUUAUAAAAUAUUUGCAUUGUAAUAUGACAGUAACGAAGCUGUUUGAUAUCAAAUACAAAAAUGAUUAAAAGAAAAACUGUUCUAUUGUUAAAAUCUCAGAAUACUGACGCCUCUUCAGAUAAAUACGAAGAUUUGCUGACAACAAACGGUUUUGAGGUUAAGAAAGUCAAAACUUUGGUAUUCGAUUUUAAAAACAUUCAGGUCUUAAAGGAGAAAAUAAUAAACAAUGAAGCUUACGAAGGAAUUAUAUUUUCUAGCCCCCGCUGUGUCCAAGCGGUUUAUUUAGCCCUUCAGAAUGAUAAAAAUGUUAUUAAAGCGUGGCGUGAGAAGUAUAACUUUGCUGUCGGAGAAGCUACCUACACAGAGGCUUUAAAUAAAUUAGGUUUGGAGUGCGAUGGUAAAGGAUCUGGGAAUGCAGUAAAUUUGUCAAAAGUAAUUUUAGAAAAGAAAUCUGCUUACCGUAAACCUUUUUUAUUUCCACACGGGAAUUUGAAGACUGACACAUUAAAUUUGGAAUUAGGAAAGGAAGGAAUUGAAAUUAAAGGUGUUUUGGUAUAUGACACUAUCGCAAAUCCAAGCAUUCUAAAGGAAAUAUCGGAUGUAACGGACGAUUUAACAAGUAUACCAGAAUAUGUGGUAUUUUUUAGUCCAUCCGGAUUUCACAGUUCAAUAGAUCAUCUUAGAAAGAUUCCUGUUGACUUGAAUAAGGUUAAGUUUGUAGCUAUCGGACCCGUUACCGAAUUGGCAAUUAAAGAAGAUAAUUAUGAGGUUUAUGGAGUGAUUAAGCAACCAACGCCAAAAGAUCUUUUAGAUUUACUUUCAAAGGACUGAAAUUACUAUUUCAGCACAUCUAUUUGUAUAUUUUUUUAUUAGAAACAAAAUUGUUACUUGUUCAAUUUUUAUUGAUUGUUUUGUCAGCUAUAAUUCAUUAUGUACUAUUUUAAGUGUUCUUCAUUAAUAAAAAUCAACCAAAUGCCUUGUGCAAUGUUGCAAAAAUCUUUUUAGACAACU